AGUGAACACUGAAUCAGCGUGUGAUCUGAAGACCUAAAAGCGAUUGUAUAUCGGGCAAAAGGUUUCUUCUUACAACGGUCAAAACCACUCUACCAUCCAAGAAAACGAACUGAAAGAUCAUCUUCUGAUGAACAAUCGCCGGUAUCCUCCGGGUAUUGGCAACGGUCGCGGUAGCGGCGGAGGGUAUGACGGUGGUGGCGGUGGAAAUUUUCACCCAAACCCUAAUUACUACCAUCAAUCUCGAAACCCUAAUCACCAGCAUCAGUUUCAACAGCAGCGGCAGCAGCAGCAGCAGCAGCAGCCGCAGUACGUGCAGAGGCAGCAGGCCGGACAACAACAAAAUCAUCAUCAGCAGCAGUGGCUAAGACGGAGUCCUAAUGCAUCUGGUUCUUCUGCUACUAAUGUUACCGACGAAGUUGAGAAAUCCGUACAUUCAGAUGGCAGCGUCGAUACAAGCUCUCAGGAUUGGAAGGCACAAUUGAACGUACCUGCAGCAGACACCCGUUACAGGACUGAGGAUGUCACUGCCACUAAAGGAAAUGAAUUUGAGGACUAUUUUCUGAAAAGGGAGUUACUUAUGGGAAUCUAUGAAAAGGGUUUUGAACGACCUUCACCUAUACAAGAAGAAAGUAUCCCUAUUGCUUUGACCGGAAGUGAUAUUCUUGCAAGAGCAAAAAAUGGAACUGGAAAGACAGCAGCAUUCUGUAUUCCAGCUCUCGAAAAGAUUGAUACAGAUAACAAUAGUAUUCAAGUUGUCAUAUUAGUUCCAACUAGAGAGUUGGCUCUUCAAACAUCACAAGUCUGCAAGGAACUUGGAAAACAUUUACAAAUUCAAGUAAUGGUCACCACUGGAGGAACAAGUUUGAAGGAUGAUAUAAUGCGCUUAUAUCAACCUGUGCAUUUGCUGGUUGGUACUCCUGGAAGAAUUCUCGAUCUUACAAAAAAGGGCAUAUGCAAUCUGACUGAUUGUGCAAUGCUAGUCAUGGAUGAGGCUGAUAAACUGUUAUCCCCAGAGUUUCAACCUUCAGUGGAACAGCUAAUUCAGUUUCUUCCCGAGCAACGACAAGUUUUGAUGUUUUCAGCUACAUUUCCAGUUACCGUCAAAGAUUUCAAAGACAGAUACCUGAAAAAACCUUACGUUGUUAAUUUAAUGGAUGAGCUUACUCUUAAAGGUAUCACACAGUUUUAUGCUUUCGUAGAAGAAAGACAGAAGGUCCACUGCCUCAAUACUCUUUUCUCCAAGCUGCAAAUCAACCAAUCUAUUAUCUUCUGCAACUCUGUCAACCGGGUUGAGCUAUUAGCUAAGAAAAUUACGGAGCUGGGUUACUCUUGCUUCUAUAUUCAUGCUAAAAUGUUGCAAGAUCACAGGAAUAGGGUAUUCCAUGACUUCCGCAAUGGUGCAUGCAGGAACCUGGUUUGUACGGAUCUAUUUACAAGGGGUAUAGAUAUACAAGCCGUCAACGUUGUGAUUAAUUUUGAUUUUCCCAGGAAUGCUGAAACAUAUCUGCACAGGGUGGGUCGUUCCGGAAGGUUUGGACAUCUGGGAUUAGCUGUGAAUUUGAUAACCUACGAAGACCGCUUUAACUUGUAUAGGAUUGAGCAGGAGCUUGGUACUGAAAUAAAACAAAUUCCUCCGCUAAUUGAUCAAGCCAUUUAUUGCCGUUGACCUAUCGAAGAUGCUUGAUUCUUGUCAUAUAACAACCCCUUUGCGUAUUUCAACCCCGAAGUUAUUAUGGAGAGAGUAAACCGGCCGUUAGCAACCGAGGGAAUGUGGGGUUGAAAAAAUGAUGGAUAUCCUAAUUGGUCAUUCUGGGCAACUGAGGACAAAUGUUAGGUUUCUUUCCCAUUACCCUGUUUCUCCUAGUUUAGCAUCUGUUAUAUACUAGCUCUGUAUGUAGUUGUCUUGAUUAUUUUAUAGUACCUUUCUGCAUAUUCCCAAAAAAAAACAAAAAAAACAAAAAGAGAAAAAAACAAAAAAAAGGAAAUUUAGAAAAAUGAACAAGAAGUAUCUGUCUGAACUUGUUUUAGAUUUGUUCUUGUUUUUGUGUUAGACUUGUUUGGCAUUUUUACUAGGUGAUGGACUUAAUGAAGGAAGGCUCUUUCUUUUAACACUAAUUCCAAGUGGAUGGCUA